AUGGCGUGUGGUAGCAGGCGGGUCACCAUCCAGCUGGUGGGAGAAGAGGCAGGGCCUGGGACCGGAGGCCCGAAGCCCUUUCGGGGCCAGAGAUACGAGGCCAUCCGAACAGCCUGCCUGGAUGAGGGGAUCCUGUUCCAAGACCCCUACUUCCCUGCUGGCCCUGAUGCCCUUGGCUAUGACGAGCUGGGGCCGAACUCCGAGAAGGCGAAAGGGGUGGAAUGGAGGAGACCCCAUGAGUUUUGCGCUGAGCCCCAGUUCAUCUGUGAGGACAUGAGCCGAACAGACGUGUGUCAGGGGCGCCUAGGGAACUGCUGGUUUCUUGCGGCCGCUGCCUCCCUCACUCUGUAUCCCCGACUCCUGUGCCGGGUGGUCCCCCCCGGACAGAGUUUCCAAGAUGGCUACGCGGGUGUCUUCCACUUCCAGCUCUGGCAGUUUGGCCACUGGGUGGACGUCGUGGUGGACGACAGGCUGCCCGUGCGUGAGGGGAAGCUGAUGUUCGUGCGCUCGCGUCAGCGGAACGAGUUCUGGGCCCCGCUCCUGGAGAAGGCCUAUGCCAAGCUCCACAGCUCCUAUGAGGUGAUGAGAGGCGGCCACAUGAAUGAGGCUUUCGUGGACUUCACGGGUGGCGUGGGCGAGGUGCUCUACCUGAGGCAAGACCUCCCAGGCCUCUUCUCUGCCGUGCGCCAUGCACUGGCCAAGGAGUCCCUCGUGGGCGCCACCGCCCUGAGUGAUCGGGGCGAGUACCGCACAGAAGACGGGCUGGUGAAGGGACAUGCGUACUCAGUCACGGGCACGUACAAGGUGACCCUGGGCUUCACCAAGGUGCGGCUGCUGAGGCUUCGGAACCCAUGGGGCCGUGUGGAGUGGACCGGGGCCUGGAGCGACAGCUGCCCGCGCUGGGAUGCCCUCCCUAAAGAGUGGCGGGAUGCCCUGCUGGUGAAAAAGGAGGAUGGCGAGUUCUGGAUGGAGCUGAAGGACUUCCUCCGCCACUUCAACACCGUCCAGAUCUGCUCGCUGAGCCCUGAGGUGCUGGGCCCCAGCCCGGCUGGAGGCGGCUGGCACAUCCACACCUUCCAAGGCCGCUGGGUGCGUGGCUUCAACUCUGGCGGGAGCCAGCCUGGUACUGAAACUUUCUGGACCAACCCCCAGUUCCGGCUGACGCUGCUGGAGCCUGAGGAGGAGGAGGAGGAUGAGGAGGGGCCCUGGGGGGGCUGGGGGGCAGCAGGAGCGUGGGGCCCUGCGAGGGGGGGGCGCAUCCCCAAGUGCACUGUCCUUCUGUCACUCAUCCAGCGCAACCGGCGGCGCCUGAGGGCCCAGGGCCUCACUUACCUCACCGUGGGCUUCCACGUGUUCCAGCGCUGCCGCCUGCGCCCCGGCCACUACCUGGUGGUGCCCAGCGCCGCCCGCGCCGGCGACGAGGCCGACUUCACGCUGCGCGUCUUCUCGGAGCGCCGCCACACAGUCGUGGAGAUCGAUGACGUCAUCAGCGCCGACCUGCACGCCCUCAUGGUCCCCUACAUUCCCCUGGAGCGGGGGUUGGAGCAGCUGUUUCAGGAGCUGGCAGGAGAGGAGGAAGCACUCAGUGCCUCUCAGCUCCAGACCUUAUUAAGCAUUGCCCUGGAGCCUGCCAGGGCCCAUGCCCGGACCCCUGGAGAGAUCGGGCUCAGGACCUGUGAGCAGCUGCUGCGCUGUUUUGGGAACGGACAGAGCUUCACCCUGCACCACUUCCAGCAGCUCUGGGGCCAUCUCCUGGAGUGGCAGGCCACAUUCGACAAGUUUGACGAGGAUGCCUCUGGAACCAUGAACUCCUACGAGCUGAGGCUGGCGCUGAAUGCGGCAGGCUUCCACCUGAACAACCAGCUGACCCAGGCCCUCACGAGCCGCUACCGGGACAGCAGUCUGCGGGUGGACUUCGAGCGCUUCGUGUCCUGUGCAGCCCAGCUCACCUUCAUAUUCCGCCACUGCAGCCAGCACCUGGAAGGAGGCGAGGGGGUCGUCUGCCUGACCCGCAGACAGUGGAUGGAGAUGGCCACCUUCCUCUAGGAUCUCUGCAUGGAGCACCUGUGGCCAGAGGCAGAAGCAUGCCAGGAGGCCUUUCUCCUCUCCCAGCCGGGACUGGGGUUUAUUCCACAGGGAGGGGGGGGUCUGAGCACCAGCGCCCCCUCCGCCUCUCUGCCUGGCACGUGGGGCGCUGUCUGGUCCCAGCACUCAGCAGCGGGGUGAGGCCAGGCAGGUCCCUGCACACCUCCGUGCUUUGCCCUCCUCAUGUAUAAGCAGGGACGGGCACGACACUGUUCUUGUGCAGGCCCCACGUGUCAGCACUGGGGACAGUGCUGGGCCUCGAGCCGGUCCCCAGCGGCACUCAUGUUUACACACUCAUGGGGACAGGGGUCUCCCACGCCCAGCCUUGCUCUGGGAAGAGGUGCUCCCGUGGCUCUCCUAAGAGGCGGAGAACAGACAGGAGAGAGAGAGAGAGAGAGAGAACACGGUAGGAAUCCUUCUUAAAAAUAUUACAUGUUUUAUUAUCCUGUCCCCAGAAGGUGGUUUAUCCAGAAACCGAGAAAAAAAAAUAGAAUAAACUCAAAAAAGGGGGGGAGAGGAAGGGAGCAAAACCCAUCAACUAACAGGCAGCCAGGCCAGCAGCCCACCCUCCACCUCAGGAGGGUCCCCAGAGACCCAUGCCCAACGACAGACAACAGAGAAAAAUCAGUAAGGGGCUGGGGGGAGGGCAGCAAAUCAGCUAGGUCUUCAUUAUGAGAGCAAGAGGCAGGGAGCAUAUGUUGCUAGGUGAAUAUAUAUUUAUAUAAUAAAUCCGUAAGUUAAUAAAGUAAAUAGUAAUUCUCUGAA